AUGUCGUUUUUCUUCUCAAAGACACCAAAGAAUGCGCUACGACUCAGCCCAGCGGAGAGGCAACUCUACGACAGUCUCUGGAAACAGGCUAACCCACAAGGGGCAGCACGCCUUGGUGCUGUCCAGGCAGUCGAGUUCCUCAACCUCAAGAGUCGGCCCACUUUGAACCUCGCUGGUCUCAGGAACGCUGCCGCUGCAUAUCCUCCUACUUCACACAGCCAAUUCACUGGGACUUCUCCUGCUGCCGCAUGGCCAUCUUUGCCAUUAAGCGAAAUGAAGACAUAUCGGGAUCUCUUCAAAAGCCUUGACAAGGAGAACGGAAUCCUGAAGUACGAUAUUGUCUUGCAGAUAAUGCUAAAGGCGGGUAUUCCAACUGAGACCCUGGCCAAGAUCCUGGUACUUGUUGACAGAGCCAAAAGAGCAGGAUUCGACGAGGACGAAUUCGUCAUGGCCAUGUACUUUGUCAUGUGCCUGAAGAGGAACACAAUCAAAGAGUUGCCCCCAUCCCUACCAGCAGAAGUCAUGAAGAUCUGCCAAGUGAAGGAAUUGCCAUCGCCAAACCCCGAACUCAACUACGACAACGUUUUAUCCAACCCCAACCCCAACGCCUCUAUACGAGAACGCGAACUGCUGUCAAUUCUUCAGACACAGCAGCAACAGCAGCAAACGCUUCAGGAGGUCUACCUGCGGCAGAUUCUCGAGAAUUCAAAGUCGGCGGAGCAGCGAAUGUACCAACAAGGUAUCGAUCAAUCCAGGGCCAAUCAGGAGCAAUUGGCGCCUCUAUUGGCUGCUAACGCUUUCGGGAACGGUCCACAAGCUGCGAUCUUUGCCGAGAGUUACAACAAUGCGAUGAAGCAGCAGCAGGUGCUCAUGGAACGCAUAAUGGCUGCCAGCAACCCCUUACCUACAACUCUUCCGCAAGUGCCCACUGACAAUCCUCCACCGUACUCUGGUCAGCAACCAGGUGUCUUCUCGACUACAACCGCACACCAACAACCAGGCGCAUUUUCUCCCGUGCCUGCACACCAGCAACAGUACCCUCAGUUUUCCCAAUAUCAACAACCGCCCCUUCAAGCAUACCCUCUGCAGCUGCAGCAAGCGUUUCAACCUCAAGCGAUACCAGUCUAUACCCAGCAGCAGCAGCAAGCGUUUCAGCCUCAAGCGAUACCAGUCUAUACCCAGCAGCAGCAGCAGUAUAAUCCUUAUGCACAAUAUACCCAGCAAACACCAACGUCUCCAGGCCAGCAAGGAGCGGCAGGAUACCAGUCAUAUCCUCCGCCACCCCAAGGAAAUCUUCAAUAUCAGAGUUUUGAGUCAGGACAGCCACAGCAACAUACCAUGUCUCCAAGACAGCCACAGCAACAUGUCAUGUCUCCAGGACAGCCGCAGCAAUAUCCUUUGUCCCCAGGCAACCCGCAACAACUGCCAAUGUCGCCAGGCAACCCGCAGCAGCAGCCAAUGUCCCCUGGAAAUCCACAAUACCAGUUUGCACAGGGACAGCCUACCCACCAGCAACAGCAGCAUCAGCAGCCAUUGUCGCCAGGAGGUUCUCAACAAUACAUCCCACCAAGACACCCUCAGAUGUAUGGUCAACUGCAGGGUACCGAUCCUCUGAACGCACCCUUGCCUCCGACCCCGACUUCUCCAGUGGGGCCUCCACUUCCCUCGCGAGCACCUCAAGACAGGAACGACUACUCGACCACAGCAGCAGUCCCGGUCACCAGUACGACGACAACGACGACUGCUGUCAGUUCGGGCCCACCACCUCUGCCUCAUCGUUCUGGACAGCAACAGCAGUACCAGCCAGCCGGUCCACAGGAGAUACCUGGACCCAGUCGCGCGCCUCAGUACAUAGAGCCGACACCUGAGGCACGUCGUCCCUUUGGCGCGCCCCAACUUCGCUAG